AUGCGAGGACCGGGUAAUUGUCAAAAGUAUCGACAGGACCCCAGCUUUAAUGAUUUGAAGAACCGAACUCUACAAUACAUGUGGUUUGAUGGCUUAAACAGGCCCAUCCCGGUUACCUGCAUAUUUUACCCGUUUCCACCCCGUGGUGAAAUCGUCAUGCAGCCACCAGAUUUUCUGACCGAGACAGUGGCAAACCAAGCCACAAACCGUAACGUGACAUACUACGCCGUCAGCAUCACCUACAUGCGCGAGGUCAUCAACAGCGCCAACUACUGCAACCAGCCAGUCUAUGUGUUCCGCACGUCUACUGUGCCGCAGGAUGCCGACCCCUACGGGUUCUUCUCUCAACAGCAGAGAAUCCAGCAGGGUGUCUCCACAAGAGAGCUUUCUGCAGACGAGAUUGCCACUGCCUGUCAGGAGCCGCCGUUUGCAGCAUUGUGCGCCAAGUAUGGUGCUCCAACAGGUCUGGUCGUGACGAACAAGGACGUGAUUCCAAUCACGCGCAUGUACUUGAAAGCGCGCACAGACUCCAUAGUCAUUGCCAUCGCCAAUGCCACGUGUUCCUAUGUCGAGAAGGACUGCGAGGCAAUUCGAAAGAGCGGUCAGAGUACUCCAGUAGACAACAGCAACUACAUGAUCGACCCUGGCCAGGCUGACGCCAUCCAGCCCUUUGUAGCGUCCUGCGAGUUCACACGAGAUCAAGGCAUCACCAAGAUCAACAUCAACGACACGUUUUGGCAAGGGACUGGGAUUAACAACGACGGUACAAACGGACCGUUUAACUUCCAAUUCAAGAACGUGUACGCCAAUGCCACACCUGCGCAGGUCAACUCGCUGUCUCUUCGCCAAGUACGAAUGUUCUCAAGCAGCAUUGGCAAUAAUAACAUCAAUCCCGAAGGUCUGCUGACACUAUAUUCUGGGAACACAUCAAACUUCGGCACCCCUUACAGCCCCGGCGCCGUGGGGUGCGCCUGUGGAGCCCUCGAUACCUGCGCGACUCCUGACCUGACCUGCAACUGUGACGCACGAGGACCUUUGACCUCUGACCAGGGCUUUAUAACCGACUCGAGUGUUCUGCCGGUCGUGGGAUUCUACCGCAACAUCAGGUCCCCUAGCGGCCGCGGCAGGCUCUCCUUGACCUCAGUCAGAUGCGGUCCUAUGUGGGCAUAUGAUAUGCCAAAAGACUGUAUCGAAGCCUACAGCUUGGGAUUCAGAUAUGGCAUCAACUACACUGUUAGCGGGGAGUACCUCAUCAACCCCGACAACACCACCUCCUCGCCUUUCCUUGUGUACUGCGACUACUCCGACCCUACCAACCCGGUGACGAUUGUUCGCCCCAGGCGACCCAGAGAGAGGGUGCCAGUCAAGAACACCACCAGGGUCGACUACAACGGCGGCCCGACCGACGGGCAGUUGGCAGCGUUGCUUCGAAUCUCUGUCUACUGCUAUCAACCAGUCCGAGUUGCACUGCCGCAGAAGCAAGGUAACUCCUUCGCGCCAUGCAGACGCAUUAUCUCUCUUACGACAGCCUCAUCCUCCUUCCUCUUCUCUUCCUCAGGAGCAGUAGUCUUGAAGGAAGACAAAUGUAAUUGUGACAUCGGAGAUGACGAAGAUCGUAGCGACGCCGCCAUUCUGAGUAUCAAGGCUGCCCUCCCCUUCCGACGAUUCAUCGCCGAUGCUUUUGCGGAUGGUUCUCUCAACCUGACUGUCGGCAACCUCUACUGUGCCUCCAAACCCAUCGGCGGAAAGACAGCCGGAAGUGUGGGAAUGACCUCUUACCUCUGGCACUAUGUGCAGAACUCAACGAGUGUGAAUUGGGCUUCCACGACUGCGCUCCACAAGCGCAGUGUGUCAACCUGGCCAAGCGGUUAUGAAUGCGUGUGUCCUGAUGGCUGGAAAGGACUUGGCAGAGCUGCAGAUGACACUGAAGCUCCUGCUGCCAACGGUCGACAGUGCAUCGAUGACAACGAAUGUCUCCCGGGUAACAACCCUUGUCCGCCGCACAAUUCUCUCUGCGCCAACAUCCCUGGCUCCUUUAUCUGCAAUUGCACAGAGGGCUACCGUAACGUGGAUAGACUCACCUGUGAAGAUAUCGAUGAGUGCGCGGAGAAGACCCAUGACUGCGACGUGAACGCCAAGUGCGCCAACACAGACGGCAGUUUCCGGUGUUCCUGCAGGACGGGUUUCCGUGGUAGCGGCAAACGUGACGACUGUUCGCCUGUCGGCCAGUGCACUUGCUUUGGGGACCCGCACUGCUUGAGCUUCGACAAGGCCUGGUUUCACCCUCAGGGUGGGUGCGAGAACGCGCUGGUGCAGAACGACUGCAGGUUGCGUGGCAGCGCGACCAACCCUUGUCCCCGCUUCCGAGUCUCGACUCACCACUGGAACAGGGGCAUCGAGGUGCCCGGCGUCUACGCUUGGAUCAAGGAAGUCAAAAUCGUCUUCGGAGAUAAUCGCAUCGUUCUCGGUCAGGGCGGCACCAUCAUAGUGGAUGGAAAGUUGAGAAGUAACAUGUGGAGCAUCUUGAGUGAUGACCGGACAGAGACAAUAGCUUCCGUCACAAGAAUCGGUCUUUCUAAAGUGUCGAUGUGGACCAGCUGUGGGUUGGAGGUCACGUGGAACGGACGCGAUGCGGUGGAGAUCCUGGUGCCCACGUCCAUGAUGAACAAGACCUGCGGUAUGUGCGGCAACUACAACGGCGACAAGUCUGAUGAUUGGAUUGUCGGACCUGAGUGCCCGACACUGGAAGGCCAGCAGACCAACAGGCAGACUCUUUUUAGCAACUCGUGGACGGUGAACGCAUCACAGGAGUGCACCCCGGACUGCAAUCCGUCAGAACCCGAGCCGACCUGUGUGUCGCAAUACAAGUCCGACUACAUGUGCAAGAAACUGUUCAGCGAAACCUCUCCCUUUGCGAACUGUCUAGCGCAGAUGCCAAGCGAUAUCCGCGAAGGCUUACUGUUCUCGUGCCAGUUCGACUUGUGCCACACCAACGACACGGAGUCUACUGUUUGUGAGGUCGCCGAAACCAUUGCCAACUUCUGCGAGGAACAGAUGGCCGGCGACCCUAUCGUUUGGCGCUCCCCUCAUCUUUGUGGUGAGCCUGAUUGCGGCGUGAACGAGGAGUUCUUAAUCUGCGGGCCAUCCGAAGAAAGCACGUGCAACGCGCCUGUGUCCACUUACUACCAGUUGUGCCGCGAGGGCUGCUUCUGCGUGAAGGGCUUCAGGCGCCAGGGUGACGAGUGUCUGCCAGAAUCCCGCUGUGGCUGCCCAUACGGCGAGGACCUGAUGAAGAUUGGAUCACAGCAAGUGCUGAACAACUGUUCUCUGCUGGUCACCUGUGUCGGACAUGAAGACCACACAGAGGAACCUUAUUCCUGCAGCGACAUCGAAGAGUGCGCCAUCGACGACGGCAUCGAAGCGUGUGUGUGCAAAGAAGGGACAGGGACGAACAGCGAGACAGGAGAAUGCAUUCCUGGAGACCACUGCGCGGGUAACACAGAAUGUCCUGCCACCUCCGAGUGUGUCACCACUCGCACAUCCUUCUACUGCAACUGCUCUGAGGGCUACAUCAACGUGGACAGGACGACGUGUAAAGAUGUGAAUGAGUGCACAGAAGGAACCAGCAACUGCGCCGAGAACGCAGAGUGUACAAAUUUAGAUGGAGGAUACACGUGCAACUGCGCAACAGGUUACAGUGGUGACGGCAGGACCGAAUGCAAAGAUAACGAUGAGUGUACAGAAGGAACCAACGACUGUGAUGAUAACGCUGAGUGUACAAAUACUGACGGAGGAUACAAUUGCACCUGCAAGGAUGGUUACAGCGGAGACGGCAUGGCCGGCAAUUGCCGAGAUAAAGACGAGUGCUCAGACGGAACCAACGACUGUGAUGUGAACGCUCAGUGUACAAAUACUGAAGGAGGAUACACGUGCGCCUGCAAAGAAGGUUACCGGGGCAACGGCAAGUCCGGCAAUUGUGAAGAUGAAGACGAGUGCUCAGAAGGAACCAGCGACUGUGAUGCUAACGCUAAGUGUACAAAUACUGGAGGAGGAUACACGUGCACCUGCAAUGAAGGUUACAGUGGCGACGGCAAGACUGGCAACUGCCAAGAUGAUGACGAGUGCACAGACGGAACCAACGACUGUGAUGUGAACGCUGAGUGUACAAAUGAGGCCGGAGGAUACUCGUGCGCCUGCAAAGAAGGUUACCUUGGCGACGGCACGUCCGGCAAUUGUAAAGAUAAAGACGAGUGCAGAGAAGGAACCAGCGAUUGUGAUGCUAACGCUCAGUGUACAAAUACUGAAGGAGGAUACACGUGCACCUGCAAUGAAGGUUACAGUGGCAACGGCACGUCCGGUGACUGUCAAGAUAACAACGAGUGCACAGACGGAACCAACGACUGUGAUGUGAACGCUGAGUGUACAAAUGAGGCCGGAGGAUACUCGUGCGCCUGCAAAGAAGGUUACCUGGGCGACGGCACGUCUGGCAAUUGUAAAGAUAAAGACGAGUGCAGAGAAGGAACCAACAACUGUGAUGCUAACGCUCAGUGUACAAAUACUGAAGGAGUAUACACGUGCACCUGCAAUGAUGGUUACAGUGGCAACGGCACGUCCGGCGACUGUCAAGAUGAUGACGAGUGCUCAGAAGGAACCAACGACUGUGAUGAGAACGCUGAAUGUACAAAUGAGGAGGGAGGAUACACGUGCGCUUGCAAAGAUGGUUACCUUGGUAACGGCACGUCUUGUAAAGUGGACAGUGACUGUCUCCCUGGAAACAACCCUUGCUCAGAAAAUGCAGUGUGUGUCAACACACGCCAAUCCUUUUUCUGUAACUGCUCAGAGGGCUACUACAACGUAGAUACAUUCACCUGUAAAGAUAUUGACGAAUGUGAGGAGGGAUCCGACGACUGCGAUAACGCUGUGUGUAUCAACGUGCCCGGAAGCUUUGAGUGCGCCUGCGUGGAUGGGUACUUCGGCAAUGGCAGGGUUGGCUCAUGUAACCAAGACACUGACUGCAUUGGAGAAACUAGCCCUUGUCCAGACCAUUCUGAAUGUAUCAACACCCGCGAGGCCUUCUACUGUAACUGCACCAACGGCUAUAGCAACGUGGAUAAUUACACUUGCACAGAUAUCGAUGAGUGCUCAGAAGGAAACAACGACUGUAAGGGUAACACUGAGUGCACAAAUGUGGACGGAGGAUACAACUGCACCUGCAAAGAAGGUUACCGGGACAAUGACAUGUCAGGCAAUUGUGAAGAUGAAGACGAGUGCUCAGAAGGAACCAGCGACUGUGAUGUUAACGCUAAGUGUACAAAUACUGAAGGAGGAUACACGUGCACCUGCAAUGAAGGUUACAGUGGCGACGGCAAGACUGGCAAUUGCCGAGAUAAUGACGAGUGCACAGACGGAACCAACGACUGUGAUGUGAACGCUGAGUGUACAAAUGAGGCCGGAGGAUACUCGUGCGCCUGCAAAGAAGGUUACCGGGCGACGGCAAGUCCGGCAUGUGAAGAUGAAGACGAGUGCUCAGAAGGAACCAACAACUGUGAUGCUAACGCUAAGUGUACAAAUACUGAAGGAGGAUACACAUGCACCUGCAAUGAGGGUUACAGUGGCAACGGCACGUCCGGCGACUGUCAAGAUGAUGACGAGUGCUCAGAAGGAACCAACGGCUGUGAUGUGAACGCUGAGUGUACAAAUGAGGAGGGAGGAUACACAUGCGCCUGCAAAGAUGGUUACCUUGGCGACGGUACGGCCGGUUCGUGUAAAGAGGAUGAUGACUGUCUUCCCGGAAACAACGAUUGCUCGGAAAAUGCAGUGUGUGUCAACACUCGCGAGUCCUACGAGUGUAACUGCACUGAAGGCUACCGCAACAAGGAUGCACGCACCUGUGAAGAUAUUGACGAAUGUGAGGAGGGGUCCAACAACUGCGAUGAGAACGCUGUGUGUACGAAUGUACCUGGAAGCUAUGAGUGCGCCUGCGUGGGUGAUUACAUUGGUGAUGGCAGUGCGGGCUCAUGUACCAAGGACAACGACUGCGCUCCAGAAUCAAACCCUUGUCCAAUCAAUGCGAAGUGUGUCAACACACGAGACGGCUUCUACUGUAACUGCUCAGAAGGCUACCGCAACGUUGAUUCAGUCAGCUGUGAAGAUUCCGAUGAGUGUGCUGAGGGAACCAACGACUGCGAUGUCAACGCUGAAUGUACUAACGAGCCCGGAACCUUCAGAUGCACGUGCUUCGGUGGCUAUGUUGGCGACGGCAAGGCGGGUAACUGCAAAAAGGACGACGACUGUAAGGAAGGAAACAACUCUUGUCCAAAAAAUUCCGUUUGUGUCAACACACCUGAUGGCUUCUCCUGCAACUGCACUGAGGGUUAUCACAACGUAGAUGCAGUCACUUGCGAAGAUGAGGACGAGUGUGCGGAGGGCUCGCAUGAUUGUGAUGUCAACGCUGAAUGCACGAACUUGGACGGCAGCUACCAAUGUGCCUGCAACGAAGGUUACACUGGUGACGGAACGUUUGGCACGUGCAUCAAACCCGACCUUUGCAAAGACAUCAGCUGCACGGCUGUCAAUACAGAAUGUCGUAACGGAGUGUGUGUCUGCAAAGAGGGAUAUGAACUCGACUGUGAGGAAUGUAAAGAUAUCGACGAAUGUGCCAACAGUCCCGACACCUGUGGACACAUCGGCCAGGUAUGCAUCAACACACCUGGCAGUUACAGGUGCGAAUGUGUGGAUGGAUUCUAUGCUGAUGGUGGAUACUGCCACGACAUCAACGAGUGUGAGGAUGGCAGCGCGGUGUGCGGACAGCACUCGGAGUGCGUCAACAUGCUGGGCGCCUACGACUGCGUCUGCUGCAUGGGCUACAGCAAGCACGGCGCGUCAUGCCGACGUGACUAUAACCUCGAUAUAAUAUACGGAGCCCCAGGAUUGGAAUGUUGUAACUAUCCAGGAGGAAACUCUGAUGAUCCCAUCCCUGUGUGCGCCUCCGAUGGCAGGUCCCAUGCCAACUACGCCGCCAUGGUGGUGGACGGUUGCCGUCGUAACAAGACUGUGGAAGUCAGCUACAAAGGAUACUGCAAAACCACCUGCUCGGAGGUUGAGUGUGACCGACCUUUCCAGAAGUGCGUGGAGACGGAGAUAGGUGCUCAGUGCGCGUGCCCUGUCUGCGACGUCGACGCCACAAAACCUCUGACGCCGGUCUGUGGGUCUAAUGGUCGCAUAUACCAGAACGAAUGCUUCUACCAGUUGACUAUGUGCAGCAUGGGCCAAAGGAACGUUCAGCUGCGACCUCUGACGUACUGCAACGAAACCCACCCAGCAACGUGAAUCACCUUUGGGACCUUGGUCGGCAUGGAGUGAGUGUUCUCCCAAGUGUGGUAAGGGUCACACCACCAGGUCAAGGACGGCAUCGGGACCGACGGCCAAGCAGCUGACCCAGAGAGCUGUGUGCUACACACCCUGUGAGAAUGGUCCCUGCGAGGAGGACUCCUGCCCCAAUCCUGGCCAGGUGUGUGAGGUGGGCGACAACAACGAGGCUGUGUGCACGUGCCCAGACUGCACUGGGCAGUCGGAGGAGCCUGUAUGCGCCUUGUUGGGAGAGUUGGUCCGAACCUUCGAGAACGAGUGUCAGCUGCGGCGCAGUGCCUGUGAGCUGACCAAGCCAUACCGGGUAUUGGAGGCCCGCGCCUGCGAAGACACACCACCCACUUGCACCAAGACCAACUACAUUCCGGAACUGGUUGAAGGCGACUGUGUUGCCACGCUGCCCGAAGAUCUGGGCUUCUGCUACGGCAAGUGCGGCCAGAACCCCGCUUGGUGCUGCAGGCCGGAAGGUACAGAGAACGUCAAGCCUUAACAUCACCUUUGAGUGUGAAGAUGGUUCGUCACGAACGGAAUCGAGAGACUUCCUGAAGAUUCAGUCCUGCAGCUGUGCGCAGGAGUCUCAGCGCCCCUCACAUCACUCUGAGGAAGCUCCAAAUGAUGAGUAAAUGACUUCCAAGAGAGAUCCCAUCAGUGUAGCGAACAAGUUACCAAGAUUCUUCACUUACAGCUUUCUUGACCUUACUGAGCUGCUGGCAUUUGCCAUCUUCUGUGCAAUUAAGGUUUUGCUCCAGUGACUUGUUUGCAACACAAAACAAUUUCUUUAUUAGAUUGUUUGAUUUAAUGACUUGACUUUUAAAUGUUUGUCAAACAAUUUAUUCGCUUUUGAAGAAUUGAGCAACAUAGUUCCUAUAAUUUUCUUUGGAAUUAAAGAAAUUUAAAUACUCAAAA